AUGCUCCCACGGAAUGAACACAACCAGCCAACCCUGGUCGAUGAGACCAGGGCCAGGCCCAAAGCCCCAGACCCGGAUCUCGAACGCAACGAGGACCAUCAGUUCCUCAUGAAUCGCAGUGUUCGAAACUUCUCGUGGAAAGGAUUGACCGUCACCGUCAAGGAUCGCCAAACGAAGGAUGCUCGAGAGCUAAUCAAGGAUAUCUCGGGUGAUGUGCAGCAAGGUGAACUGGUUGCCUUGAUGGGCCCAUCGGGCUGCGGAAAGACAACCCUGCUCAACGUACUGGCGCGCCGCCCAGCAGCAUCGGGCGCUAAAGUCCUCGGCGAUAGCUAUGUCAACGGGACCAAGGUCGACAGUAGCGCAUUCGGUCGCAUGACUUCAUACGUGGAGCAAGAAGACACUCUCAUCGGAUCACUCACAGUGCGCGAGACACUCAAGUUUGCAGCAGACCUCUCACUGCCCAGCUCCGUGACAAAGAGCCAGCGCAUCAAGCGUAUCGAUACACUUCUCGAGGCCUUCGGAAUCCAGAACCAGGCCAACACCCUAGUCGGCACCCCGAUCCGGAAGGGCAUCAGCGGCGGUCAAAAGCGACGUGCCAGCGUGGCGAGCCAGCUCAUCACUUGCCCGAAGAUUCUAUUUCUAGACGAGCCGACCAGUGGUCUAGACUCGACGGCCAGUUUCGAGGUCAUGUCGUAUGCGAAGGAGCUAGCAAGAGCCAACAACAUCAUUAUCAUCGCAAGUAUUCACCAACCGUCCACAACAACCUUCCAGCUCUUCGACAAGCUGUUGCUGCUAUCUGCCGGCCGCACAUGCUAUUUCGGCCCCCUGGCUGGCAUCGAUGGGUACUUCCGCGAGAUUGGGCACCCGAUUCCCGGUAGUACCAACCCGGCGGAGUUUUUGCUUGAUAUUGUUAGCUCCGACUUCGGCAACGCGAAGGAAGUUGCACAAGAGCGGGUGCAGCUUAUCCAGCAUUCGUGGGCCCAGUCUAUGGAAGCCGAUGCUAUCUCACGGCAGAUUUUUGAUCGAUUCAGCGUAGCGGAGAAGGAUGAGAGUAGAGUGGACGUGGAGGAUAUUGUGAGGCCGGGAUCGAUCAGGAUCACCGGUGCUUUGCUUCAUCGAUCGUUCAUCAAGAGUUACCGCGAUGUGGUGGCGUACGGGAUUCGCAUAGUGAUGUAUCUUGGUCUCGCCAUCAUGAUGGGUACAGUUUGGCUGCGUCUACAGCCGACACAGGAGUCUAUCCAACCAUUCGUCAAUGCCAUUUUCUUCGGUUCCGCAUUCAUGUCAUUCAUGGCUGUAGCAUACGUCCCAGCAUUCUUGGAAGAUAGAGCGAAUUUUGCCAAAGAGCGAGCAAAUGGCUUGUAUGGGGCAACUCCAUUCAUCAUCUCGAAUUUUCUCAUCGGUCUGCCAUUUCUGUUCCUUAUCGCUUUGCUCUUCUCCGUAAUCUCCUACUGGCUUUCCAAUUUCCAGCCCACCGGCCAAGCAUUCAUGACCUGGGUGAUGUGGCUCUUCCUUGACCUAGUCGCCGCCGAAUCACUGGUCGUCUUCAUCACGGCCAUAUUUCCGAACUUUGUCAUCGCCCUCGCACUGGUCGCCUUUGCCAAUGGGCUCUGGAUGAGCGUGGGUGGAUUCCUCGUGACGCCAACAAUUCUGAAUCCGUUCUGGAAAUACGUCUUUCACUACAUUGAUUACCAGGCCUACGUUUUCCAAGGCAUGAUGGUAAACGAAUUCUCGGACCGCAUUUACACCUGCGGCACAGGCUGCCAUUGCAUGUACAACACCGACCUCGCCGAUCAGUGUCAGAUCCGUGGAACCGGCGUCCUGGAAACAUAUGGAUAUGCAACCGGUAGGACGGGGAAAUGGGUGGGGAUUCUCGUCGGUAUCAUUGCGGUGUAUCGACUCCUUGGAUGGAUUGCGCUGUCACUGCGCAAGACCUAA